UCUCUGUGUAGCUGCAGUUUGUGUUUAACCGGGCGACAUUUCGGUAUAUCAGCGACACCGCAGUCGCUCGUCGGUGGCAGUUUUCCUCUGAAGCUUGUAUCGUAUUUAUCGCGGCUGCUCUCGGAAGUCUUGCAGCGCUGUAAACCUUAGCCAGGAUUUCCGGCUCCUUUCCAUUUGCCCUAUGCUGUUUUGUUUCCGUUUAUUCUAUUUCCGUUUUAAAAGUUUUCUCCGCGCAGAGUUAAAGUGUGAUAUAACAAAGAUUGUUCGCCGUUAUGACGCGCGGAGCGUUGCUAGGGUAUUUUAACGGUUCUUUAGAACGCGGGGACCAACGGUUGAGUGAUGGGCUGCCUCCCCUCGCGGUGCAUUCGCGUGUUAAACUGUAGCUAACUUGCUCCACUGUCACACGAGCUCCAGCGCAUCCACACGUGUAACCCGCUGUUUUAACCCGAGUUUUAACCCGAGUUUUCUGUGCUUCGCAAAACGUGUGUGCGCGAUGUGCGUUUACGUUGGAGCACUAUUUUUGUUCACUAAUGGCCUAUCGGUCGGCCUUUAGACGCCAAAGCCUCGCCCUCGAGUUGGCUAACGUUAGCAGUUGGAGCAGUCAGUGAACUGUCCCUGACGACCAAUGAGGAGUCGAGGCUCAAAGGCCUUUAUGGGCAUCCCAGGAGGUCACUCGAUAGAGGGCACACCACAUAUCAAAACUGCGUUCUUACCACAGCGCUUGGCUCGCUCUGCAUAAAACACAAUGGCUAAAAGUGAAUCAGAAGAGAUGAUAGAGAUCGAGAUCGAUGAACGGGAGAAACAGGCGUGCCUGGAGGAAGGUGUUGAGGAGCAUACCAUCACUGCAUCAGAUUUGAUUCAGCAAGACAUCGACAUCAAUGAGCCCAUUGGCAAUCUGAAGAAACUUUUGGAGCCUCGUAUCCAGAUGUCACUGGAUCAAUAUGAGAUCUGCUUGCAGGACAUUCAGCUUCACCCUGAUCACAGCCUCUUUGAUCAGGGAGUAAAGACAGACGGCACAGUGCAGCUCAGCCUGCAGAUUAUAACCAAACCAGGUGAAGAGAAGUUGAACAUUUUGGAAAUUGUGAAGCCAGUAGAAACAGUAGAGGUGGUGAUUGAUCCCGAUGCAGCAGGAGAGGAGGGAGCUCUGGUGGAGGAGGGCCAGCUCAUUGCUGUGGAGCGAUCUGGCCUGUCUGAUGAGACGUCAGAGCAGGUUACACGCUGGGCUGCAGCACUUGAAGGCUACCGCAAAGAGCAGGUUCGCCUGGGAAUACCGUAUGACCCUCUGCUCUGGACAGCUGACCAGGUGAUCCACUGGGCUGUGUGGGUAAUGAAGGAGUUUAACAUCGAUGAGAUGGAAAUAGGCAGCAUUCACAUCCCAGGUCGAGAUCUCUGUGCAUUCAACCAGGAAGAGUUCCUUCAGAAAGUGCCCAAUGGAGAGAUCCUCUGGAGUCACCUGGAACUUCUGCGCAAAUAUGUGUUGGCAAGCCAGGACCAGUCUGGAGGGGACGCUACUGUCACCAUUGAUCAACCUGUGCAGAUAAUCCCGGCUCAAGUGAGCACACCCACAGCCAUAAAGGUAUUGAAGCAGAGCCGAGGCCCUAGAGCUCCCCGCAUUUCAGGAGGAGAGGAGCGCAGCUCGCCUGGCAACCGCACAGGCAACAACGGGCAGAUCCAGCUGUGGCAGUUCCUGCUGGAGCUUCUGACAGACAAGGAUGCCAGAGACUGCAUUUCCUGGGUGGGCGAGGAGGGCGAGUUCAAACUCAACCAGCCGGAACUUGUGGCGCAGAAAUGGGGCCAGCGCAAAAACAAACCCACUAUGAACUAUGAGAAACUCAGCAGAGCCCUCAGGUAUUACUACGAUGGGGACAUGAUCAGCAAGGUGCAAGGCAAGCGCUUUGUCUACAAGUUUGUGUGCGACCUGAGAACUCUGAUUGGCUACAGCGCGGCUGAGCUCAACAACCUGGUGACCGAGUGUGAACAGAAGAAACUGGCUCGUAUGCAGAUGCACGGCAUGGGCCAGCCAAUCACUACAGUGACCCUGGCCACCACGACACUAGACAAAGACAGUUGAAGAACGCCACGAUACAGCACUCUCCGGCUGCCUCGGGAAAACAUCGCUCUCCGCAGCUGAUUGGAAAUCAAAUUAACUUUCUUCUUUCUCUGACACAGCUGUGUUCAUUAGACACAGAAAUGCAAAGCUGAUCCACGAUUGAUCAGUGUGGAGUAACAUCAUUGUUAUUGUCUUUACAGUUUGAUUCAAGUUACAUGGAGGCAGGUAAAAACUUUUUUUUUAGCUUUUCUUUAACGCUAACCAAGAGAAGCGCAUUCAGAAUGAGAUGGCGAGUGUCUGCGAUUACUGAGAGCUGUUGUGUGCAUGUGACCGAAUGCUUGAACGUGUGACUGAAAACCCAGAUAUGAGCUUUGUGUAAUGUGUCUGUAGUUUAGGAUCAAAUUUCCACUGUAUAUACCGGUACUUCAUGUUUUUGAUAGACACAAGGACAAGUGUAUUUUCAUAUUUUCCAUUUAUAGAGGACCUGUUUUGUAUUUUAUUUAGUGUUUGUUCCCUAAAUUGUUGGACCUUUUUUGUCCACUAAAGGGAAUAAAGUGGCAAGCAUUUUUCUUAA